AUGGGGAGUCGAAGACAACAUAGUGUCAACCACUUUGGUCCAAUCUUGAGAAAGCCAUCCAUAGGCAAGGCACCAGGCAAACUCAAGAAAAAGUGCCUUCAACAAUUGCAGAGAACUCAACAGUCGUUUAGGGUAGCGUAUAACCAUGCUAAUGAAAGAGGUGAUGAUAAUGUUAUCAGAAGACCUCAACAAAAUAAUGUUGCAACAAAAAAAACACCCCAAUUUCCUUGUGAGGAGCCUAGCCAUGCUAAGGCAGUGUCUCGACAAAAUGUCCCGGCACGUUCUUCAUGGCCAAAGAAAGGUACGAGUUCUCCACGGGGAAAUGUUGAGAAGUCCAAACCCUCUUUCUCUAGGACUCUCCAAAAGAAUACCCAGAAGGCUAGUCCAUCUUGCGCAAUGCCUAAAAGUGGCAUUGAUUCUCUGCAAAAGAAUGCUACCAACUGUAGACCAUCUUUCUUUAUGUUGAAUAAUGGUAAUACCUUAGGGCCCAACAAUGGCAUGGGCUCUCCGGUGAAGAAUGUGGAGUCUUCCUCAAGGUUAAAUAACAUUGAAGCUCCUCGGUCAAAGAAUAAAUCCUCUUACUCAAGGUCCAACAAUGAGAUAGCUCCUCAGUCAAUGAAAUCUAGGCCCUUCUCCUCUGGGUCGAAUAGUGGGCCCGGUCCUUUGACGAGGAACAUAGAGAAGUCUAAGCCCUCUUCAACUAGGGAUCAAUAUUCCGCAGUGUUAAAGGAUGAUUCAAAUUCCACAUUUGGUAUUUCAAAGAAAGCAUACCCCUCUUCGAUGCUUCCCAACUCACGGAAUGAAGACCAUCGGAUGGCGAGGGAAGCUUCAAAUUCCAACUUAGCUUUGAUGAAGGGUAAAGAAGUCAUGGAAGAUAUCCAUACCAACUUGGAGAUCAAUUGUGUUUCUUUACCUGGUAAGAACCUUUUGAGUCACCAAACGGUCGAGCCAUCAUGCAUGGCCGAUCCAAUGGACCGGUGCAUUCAACUUGAUAGUAGAAAGUGCAAGACUAGCCUUGCGGAGGAUGGAAGAACCGAUGUGUACAAAUCUAAGAGUAAGAGGAUGAAGCCGUUAUUGGAAGAGAAGUUUGAGAAACGUGGGGUCGCUAAACUGACAAAAUCAAUGGGCAUCUCCACUAAGAACUCUAGCCUCGGGGAGGAUGAAAGAACCGUUGAUGAAAAGUUUAAUAAGAUGAAGAGGACUGAUAAUUAUAGUCAAACAAACAAAAGGAGAAGAUACGUAGUAUCUGAUGAUGAAGCCGAUGAUGAUGGUGAUCAGAAUCUCACUAGUGGUAAAACUGGUGCUGCUGGAUUGACAAGACAGAAGGAUUGUCAUCCAGAAGUCUCUAAUCUAUUUGGUUUAGAAUCUUCGAAGCCCUAUCAGUAUUGUUCCCUGCCCAUCGAUGAACCUAUUUGGAGUGGAAUCAUUAAGAUAGGCAGUGGAAAAUUUGUUUCAUUGGCUGCACAUUUGUCAACCAAAUACUGUGAGAAGGUGUGGAAAUUGUCACGAUCACUUGAGGCUGUGGUUGAAGUAACAAAGCUUUCUAGACUGGAGGCUUGGCCUAAGAGCUUUGAGGCAUCAAGGCCCACUGAUGACAACAUUGCGUUGUAUUUGUUGCCCACCGAGAUGAGGCAAGAUGCAGACCUGGAACAACUUGUUAAAGAAGUCAUGGAGAAUGAUAUGGUCCUGCGAGCUAUUGUUGGUGAAGCUGAGAUGCUGAUAUUCCCAUCUAUUCUACUGCCUGAGCAACACCAAACUUUCCAAGGAAAACCCUACCUGUGGGCGGUAUUUAAGUGCAGAAACGACAAGGUUCCCGUAGUGGAAGAGGAACAACAUGGCAAAGGACAUUGUGCACAGGAGAAGGGAAAACAGCAGGCUUCACAUUUCAGUGUGGGAGAAGGGUUAAACAUGGAUGCUGGACUCGAAGCUUCUGAGGAAGCGGAGAUGCAAGGCAUGGAGCAGGAACAAAAUCCCACUACGGCAAGUCCAGCAACAACUCCUACAGCUUCACCCAACACUCCAUGUCCUACAACUUCAGCUCCUACCGCAGCUGCCACAGUGUCUGCAAACCACGUACAGGUCCACUCAGGCUUUGCUGCUCCUACAGGGGCAUUGUUUGGUUUUGUGGUUCAGCGAACUCCACGACUCGAGCAACUCAUCCAAGAGAUGCAACGCGAAGGUGCUGUGAUGGUUGCAAUGCAAGGGCAGAUGAUAGGGCCAGGACUUGGCUUGGGCAGGCAGUAG